AUGUCAUUUUUUUUUAUAUUAUCGUGUUUGUGACUAAACACAGUUGAUUUGUGAUUGUGUCUUGCAUCGAGUCAACUUCACUUCAUACAGUACAUUUUGAAAUCUGCAAUCCUUUCUUUCUUUGAAAUCUGUUUUGCUCUUUCCCUUUCCUUUUGUGCAAUUAUGGCGGUUGAAUUUGUUGGUGGUGCUCUUCUCUCUGCUUUCCUUCAAGUCACAUUCGAAAAGCUAUCAUCUGCUGGAAUUGAAAACUACUUUCAAACAAGAAAACUCAAUGACAAGCUGCUCAAGAAACUCAACAUCACACUUCUCUCCAUCAAUGCUGUGGUGGAUGAUGCAGAACUGAAGCAGCUGAGAAAUCCAAACAUCAGAGCUUGGCUUGAUGCUGUCAAAGAUGCUGUGUUAGAUGCAGAGGAUUUCUUGGAUGAAAUUGACAUUGAACUUUCCAGAUGCAAACUCGAAGCCGAAUCUCAAUCCAGUGCUACUACUAGCAAGGUAUGGAACUUUUUCAAUGCUUCUUCAAGUUCAUUUGACAAAGAAAUUGAAUCAAAGAUGCAUGAAGUUCUUGACAACCUAGAAUUUCUUGCUAGCAAAAAGGAUAUAUUAGGUUUGAAAGCGGUUAAUAGUGGUUUUGGUGUUGGAUCUGAUAGCCAAAUAAUGCUAACAAAAAUUCCAUCAACAUCUUUGCCUGUUGAUUCUGUUAUUUAUGGUAGAGAUGAUGACAAAGAGGUUAUUUAUGAUUGGCUGACAUCUGAUGCUGAGGAUGAUAACCGUCAGCUAUCAAUAGUUUCGAUAGUUGGUAUGGGCGGGAUGGGUAAGACCACGCUUGCCCAACACUUAUACAAUGAUCCAAAAUUGGAGGGUAAAUUUGAUGUCAAAGCUUGGGUUUGUGUUUCGCAAGAAUUUGAUGUUUUCAAGGUAAUGAGAGCUAUUCUUGAGGGUGUCACUGGCUCAACUGAUGAUUGUAGAGACCUAAAUAUGGUCCAAGAGAGGUUGAAGGGAAAACUGACUGGGAAGAGAUUUCUUCUUGUUUUGGAUGACAUUUGGAACGAAAAACGUGACCAAUGGGAAGCUUUGCAGAUUCCUUUUAAUUGUGGAGCUCAUGGAAGCAAAGUUAUCGUCACUACACGCAGUCUUAAAGUUGCCUCGGUUACACAUUCGACUAGGAUACAUCAUCUAGAGGAAUUACAAGAAGAUCAUUGCUGGAAGUUGUUUUCUAAACAUGCGUUCCUAGAUGAAAAUCCUCAAAUAAAUUCCGACACUAAGGAGAUUGGUAAAAAGAUACUUAGAAAAUGCCAAGGAUUGCCUCUAGCCUUGAAAACAAUUGGAAGUCUCCUGUACACAAAGUCAUCUUUGGUGGAAUGGGAAAGUAUAUUGGCAAGUGAGAUAUGGGAAUUACCAGAAGAGGAGAGCAAUAUUAUUCCCGCUUUAAUGUUGAGCUAUCAUCACCUUCCUUCUCAUCUCAAGAGAUGUUUUGCUUAUUGUGCCUUAUUCCCUAAAAAUUAUGUGUUCGAAAAGGAGCAUUUAAUUUUAUUAUGGAUGGCUGAAAAUUUUCUUCAAUGCCCUCGACAUAGUAUGGGUGUGGAAGAAGUCGGUGAACUACACUUCAAUGAUUUAUUUUCAAGGUCAUUUUUUCAACAAUCCAGGGAAUAUGAAAUGUGUUUUAUCAUGCAUGAUCUUCUCAAUGAUUUGGCAAAAUAUGUAUCCGGAGAUUUUUGCUUCACAUUCAAAGAUGAGGAAUCAAAUAAUAUAUUGAAAACGACUCGCCAUUUCUCAUUUUUAGAAAAUGUGAAUAAAUCUCCUGAAAGGUUUGAGCCCCUGUACAAUGCUGAUAGAUUGCGCACAUAUCUCCCAUUAUGCAUGAUACCCGAUCAUUUUCCUUGGAAUGACCAGAUGUCUGACACAUUUAUUCAAGAAUUGAUCUUAAAGUUUAAGUUUUGUCGUGUCAUGUCAUUGAUAUGUUACCCCAUGGAUAAUGGGUUGCUUGACUCCAUAGGAAAUCUCAAGCAUCUCCGUUAUCUUGACCUGUCUGGUACCAACAUAAAAAAGCUACCUGAUUCAGUAUGUUCUUUAUAUACCUUGCAAACACUCAAGUUGAGGUAUUGUCAGUAUUUGGAAGAGUUGCCCAUGAAUUUACAUAAACUCACUAAUUUGCGUUAUCUUGAUUUUUGUGGAACUAAAGUGAGAAAAAUGCCAAUGCAUGUUGGAAAACUAAAGCACCUUCAAGUACUGAGUUCUUUUUAUGUGGGUAAAGAUAGUGGCUCCAAUAUUCAUCAGAUAGGCGAACUCAAUCUUCACGGAACAUUUUCAAUUUCAGAGCUUCAAAACAUUGUAAAUCCCUCUGAUGCGGUGGCAGCAAAUUUGAAAAGAAAAUUACACCUUGUGAGGUUAGAGUUAAAAUGGAAUGCAAAUAGUGAUAAUUCAGUGAAAGAAAGGGAAGUGCUUGAGAACCUACAACCUUCCAAACACUUGAAGGAGUUGUCUAUCUGGAGGUAUGGCGGUACACUGUUUCCAGAUUGGUUUGGAGUUAAUUCAUUAUCAAAUGUGGUGUCCUUAGAGUUGAGAAAAUGUGAAAAUUGUGUGUUGUUGCCUCCACUUGGAAUUUUGCCAUCUCUCAAGGAACUGCUGAUCACAGGGUUAUCAGGGAUAGUGGUGAUUGGUAGUGAAUUUUACGGGAAUGUGAGCAGCUCUUAUCCUGUUAUUCCAUUUGCAUCCUUGCAAACCUUAACCUUUAAUAACAUGAUAGGAUGGGAAGAAUGGGAUUGUAAAACUGUGACAGGUGCUUUUCCGUGUCUCCAAAAGCUUUCUAUUACAAAUUGUCCGAAUCUAAAAGGCUGUUUGCCUGAGCAACUUCCAUGUUUAAUGACACUUCAAAUUUAUAAUUGCAAACAGCUUGUGUGUUCUGUUUCAUCUGCUUCAUCCCUUCAUGAAUUACAUCUAACUGAUUGUGGAAAGCUGCAAUUUGAUUAUCAUCCAACUACUUUGAAAAUUCUCAAUAUUGGUGGACAUUGCAUUGAAGGACCGUUGCUUGAAUGGGUUGAUCACACCUUAUCACACAUCUCUCUUGAAUCAUUGGUAAUUGCGGAUUGCCCAACUAUGAACAUUCCUCUAGGUUAUUGCUACAAUUUCCUUCAAUCUUUGAACAUCAUGGGUGGCUGUGACUCUUUAAGGACCUUUCCGCUGGAUUUCUUCCCAAAACUCCAGACUCUCUUAUUGCAAAGCUGUAGUAAUCUUGAAAUGAUUUCACAUGACUCUAAGCUUGAUUGUAGUCUUACUUCUAUGUCAAUUAUUUUGUGCCCAAACUUUGUAUCAUUUCCAAAGGGAGGAUUCUCUGCACCCAAUCUGAAGCAUAUUGAUAUUUUGGAAUUAGAGAAUUUAAAUGCAUUGCCUGAAAGCAUGAACACCCUCUUCCCAUCUCUUAUUGAUCUAAGGAUAGUAAGUUGUCCACAAUUGGACUCAUUCUCUGAUGGAAUUUUGCCAUCAAGUCUAAAACGUCUGAUUCUUGCCAGAUGCUCUGAACUUUUGAUCGCCUCACUGAAAUGGGCUUUCGGAAUCGACACUUCUCUAGAAACUCUGUGUAUUCGAGAAUUGGAUGUAGAGUCUUUUCCCGAUCAAGGAGUGCUUCCCCUUUCUCUCACUUUUCUACUUAUCGGUAAUUGUCUGAAUCUCAAAAAACUGGACUACAAGGGUCUCUGCCACCUCUCUUCUCUUGUAGAAUUGCAUUUGUCUGAUUGCCCCAAUCUCAAAUGCUUACCGGUGGAGGGUCUGCCUAAAUCUAUUUCAACUCUACAAAUUAGUGGUUAUUGUCCGUCGCUAAGACAGCAAUGUAAGAAACCUAAUGGUGAAGAUUGGGGAAAGAUUUCUCACAUUCAAAGAAUCAUAGUCGAUGGCAUCAUAAACUACAACUUUUAAAUGAUGCAUGCCUCAAUUCUCAUACUAUCCAAUUUUUUACCGAGUUUCAGUUUACAGGGCUUUGAUAAGAAGGUUAUGCAAGAUAGAAAGGAGAUUGAAUGUGCUGAAAAGUUGUUAUAUCAUGUGGAAGGGUAUUUCAAGUGAUACUUGUGUUGCUUUUGCUUACUGGAAACCAGGGAACACAAAUGCUUCCUUAAAUAUGUUUGAAGAUAUGGCGAGGAUGAGGUUGAUGAUCGCUUCCAAAAUCUAUAGAUGCUUUAGUGCUCUUGAUGCUAGCAAAAACAAGGUUUCACAUAUGUUCAAGAAAUUAUUAUUAUGUAUAAAAUACAACAAAUGCUUAUUGGAAAGUAGUUUUUUUUCUUGUACUUGUAGCCUUGUAGGCAAUUUAUAGCUUCUGGUUAUCACAGGGCGAGUUUCUUUCUA